ACUUUAUUCAGUUCUGCCCCGGAGGAUAACUCUGUGGACAUUCGGGUGCGGGACACAAUCACAGCAUGUUGUUAUUAGCGUGAUUUAAAGUGUUUUAGUUAGUUUACAAUGGCUUCCGAGUGCACUCAAGAGACAAUUCUGAACUUUCUAAAGCAGAACGGGGGCAAAGUGAAAAACGCAGAUUUGAUUGCGCAUUUUAAAGCCGUAUUCCCGGAGGAGCUGGAGAAGAAAGCGGCUGCCCGUCAGACAUUUAAAAACAACGUUGACAAGAUUGCUUUUGUGAAAAGUGAGAGUGGAGUUAAAUAUGUCUGCGUGAAGAAGAAGUUUCUCGGUUCGGAGAAGGAGCAGCUGAGUGUUACCGAGGACGAGGCGGUGACGGUAGGCCUACAUACGUUAAAUCCAGAGGAACUAGUUCACCGUUAUUAUACCGCAGGUGCACCACACGGCACGCAGGCUCGUGCUCAUGACGCGGCGGACUCAGCCCUGCACACACCUGGCUCAGGUUACGGAAAUGACAGCCAGGUUAGAGUUCCGCAUGUUUUCCCCUCUGAAACUAUUCACCCGGACAUAACAGCCGACAACAACAAGUGUCGAGAGUUUGUUUGUACAGGUGUGGACAACUGCCCAGGUGAGAUGGGUAACAGAGGAAGCAUCAAAAGAGAGAAGUCCAGGAAGGAGCAGGAGAGAAAUGCGCCUCACGUCCCUGAGAUAUCAGUGAUUGAAGCAUCGCCUCUCCCGGCAGAGGGGCCUGUGUUCACCCUGCCUGGGCCUGUACACACCGCUCCUCUCAGAGACACUCUGUCCCUGGAGGGCCUGCAGGAGCAGUCUGAUGAAGAGGAGGAGGAUGAAGGUCAGUCAGACACGCACAGUUUGUCUGGCAGUGAAGGGGAAGUCAGCCCCCAAGGCAGCCGGGAACACUUCAUCCAGGUGAUGAUGAGCAGCUCCCCCCAGGUAAGGCGCAGCAUGGUGUUACGCAACUCUGUCUACCUGUCCUCCAGGAGUGAUGGGGACUCGGCCUCCCUGGCCUCCUCAGGCAUGGACGACGAAAGCAGGACGUCAGUGACCCUUGACCCGCUGGAGCACGAGUGGAUGAUGUGUUCUUCAGAUGGGGAGUGGGCCAGCUUGUCCCAGCUCCUCUCCACGGAUCCCAGCCUGGUCCUUAAGAAAGACUUUGUCUCCGGGUUCACCUGCCUGCACUGGGCGGCCAAGCAAGACAAGCCUGAGCUCAUAGCACUCAUCAUCAACUUCGCCAAACAGCGCCAUGUUCCCAUCAGUGUUGAUAUUCGCUCCAACACAGGCUACACACCACUGCACAUCGCUGCCAUGCACAACCACAUGGAGGUGGUGAAGCUGCUGGUGGGGGCCUACAGUGCAGACGUGGAGAUCAGGGACUACAGCGGGAAGAAGGCCUGCCAGUACCUCACUGACAACGUGAGCCUGGACAUACGGGACAUCAUAGGAGCGUACGAGCAUUCUGAGUCAAAGAACGCAGAGAAUAGAGAUGGAGUUCGCUGGAGGUUCUCCAAGGUUCUCCAGUCCAAGCCCCUCAAACUGCUCACCCCCCACGACGAUGACUGUGUGGAUGGAGAGGGUCAACCCAGACAGAAGGUGGUCCGCAGGAAGUCUUCACUCAGCAGGAUGAAGCCCAGGCUGCAGAAGCUGCGCUUCAGAGCAUCGCAGAUCGUCCACAGCACGUCGUUCCAUGACCCCGAGGAGAUGGAGGACUCUGGGAGAAGGUCCUUUAGGUCCAGACCCAAGACAAGUUUCUUUGGCUGAGACGAGCAUCCAGCCAGGGCAGAGGGGGGGCACAGAGAAGCGACAGGUAACGCACACAGUGACAACAGUGGUUUACAGUAACAGACAGAACAGACUACAUACGUUUUGAGCUGGGGUGUUUAAAGCUCAUAAUUACAUACAUACAUAUGUAUUUACUAUCAAAAUGCAAUCAUUUUAAUGCAAAAUACUUAAAAAUCAAUCAAAAAACUAGGCUAAUAAAUGAUCAGUUUGCAUCAAUAAGAUGUGAAGUACCUUUUCCCCCUCUUAUUUAUGAUGGAAUUACUCUUUGCAGCAACAGUUCACUAAGAACUCACUCCUGUCAGUUACUGUAGCCUGUAUUGAUGCACCAUACUUUAAAUGCACAUAGUGUUUAUCAGUGAAGGUUGAACAGAUGCUGAAGAGUACAUGGUUUGUGCCUCCAGGUCAGCCUGCUGCUCUGUCUCUGCACCGCUGACACUAGAGCCUCCUGACCUUCAGUGAGUGUGUUAUCUGCAGGAAUAUGUGUGCGUCAUCAUUACAGAGGCCGAACUGCUCACAGGUCAUUUGACUUAACAUACUGUAAUCUGUCCUGAGGAUGAUUUUUAAAGCAUGCCUGUAACUAUUUGGACAAAAUGACGUUUAAAACCUCAGCUCUGUGGGCAAAGUAAUGUUAAUAUCCUCUCCCAACAUUUAGUCUCCAUUUUGAGGGUAAAAAAAGUUCCAGUCCUCUGCUGGAAGUAUUAAAGCCAUCUGUGGAAUAAUCCUCCGCACAGCACUGGCGUUUACAAAUGGUUUACUGAGCAGGAAUGUACAGUAUGGUACAAGUUGUUUAACACAUGUGUACAGCAUGAGGUGGUUUAUAGAACCAGACUGGAUCGAAGCAGCUUGUACAGCAGCAUCAGGUUGUCAACAUAGGAGUCGUCGGACAAAUAUCUCCACCAGUGAUGGUGUGUGAGGAUGGGAGCUUUCUACAUUUGUCAGUGUUUAAACUUAAGAGUUUAUUGUUAUUUUAGCCACUCGUUUGCCUAUGUAACCACACGUUAAAAUCUCUCAACCUUUUCAGUGUUUACAGCGAGUGUUUUAACGUGUUGGAGGAAAACAGGAUAAAAUAAUGAACUGUACAAUUAAACUGCUAUUAAUGUUGCUUCCUGUAAAACCACAAUGAUCGCUAAAUCUGGCUAUAACUAUAUAUUCAGUAUUUGGUCUGUUUGGUCGGACUUAAACCCUCUAGGAAUAUUUGACUCAGUACGCCGCUGCUCACAGUCUCAUUGUUUUAAGUUAUACAUGAACAAAUCCGGUGUGUGUCUACAGUUAACCUCACAUUAUUUGUUGUCAUCAUCUCGGUACUCUAUCUUAUUUUUUACAAAAUCAAAAUGGCAUCUUUAAUCUUUUUGUAUUCCAACUUUGCACAUUUGUAUACAAACAGUUAGAUUUAAUUUGCACAUUGUGAUCUGUUACAAAAGUUUUACUUUUUAAAUGACAAAAUGACUUGUACUGGUACAAUAGGGGUCAUUUUAAUUAUGUUUUAACUCUGAUUUAAUAAAUAAUACUGUACAUGUACAUCAGUGCAAAUUUCUAAAGGACUGUGUCUGAUUUAAUUCUUUUUUGGUUGCAAAUGUAAACAUAUGGAUCACUUUUAAUGUCACCUAAAAUCUUCACUUACUAGCUUCAUAAUUAACUUAUUUGAAAGCUGCAGAAACAGUUUACUUGGAGAACAUUUAGUUAGAUCAAUAUUGUCAUAACACUGUUGAAUAAAUCCAGAAUGUGAGUUAACGGCAAACCAACAGUUUUCAGUUCAGCCACUAGAUGGCAGUGCAGUGGAGGAUCCUCUCAUCUCUGCUGCUGCACUGUGUGCCAGUUUGUGUUGAAUGAAGGCUUUUCAA